GCCAAGGGUGUGACCUGGUCCAAGGCCCUUCGUCCAGGCUGUACCCAAGGAGAGCGCUUCUGGGCGAGAGGGCGUGUCAAGGGCGGAGUCUCAGGCCCCACCCCGAUCUCCGGGUCCCGGCCGCUCAGCGCCCGCGUGGUUCUCAUACAAUUUACCCCCAGAGGCUGUGGUCCUCAGCCGCCUUCUGGCUGAGGUUGCGCUGCAGAGAGGAUCAGUCCCCCGAGGUCUGACUGUGACCCUGCUCAGAAAAGACCAAGGAACGCGCUCUUCUGGCAGACCUGGACUCCACCGGCUUCCAACAACUAGUCCGGGACCGAGAGUCUUGGAGUUUGAAACAAGUGAGCGGCCCCAGAAGGACGGGGCCGGGUGGCUGGCCACUGGGCUCGCCAUGGCUGCGCACGCCCGCCGUCUGUGCCAUGUCGCUUUCCAUGUGCCUGCUGGGCAGCCGCUAGCGAAAGACCUCCACCGCCUCUUCGGCUUCCAGCCCCUGGCGGUGCGGGAAGCAGGCGGCUGGAGACAGCUGGCCCUGCGCAGCGGAGACGCAGUCUUUCUAGUGAACGAGGGCUCGGGGCCGGGGGAGCCACUGUACGGCCUGGAUCCGCAUCACUCGGUGCCCAGCGCCACGAACCUGUGCUUGGACGUGGAGGAUGUGGGCGGUGCCGCCCGGGCGCUGGCAGCACAGGGCUGCGUCGUGCCGGUACCACCCACUAGCGUGAGGGAUGCACAGGGCACAGCCAUCUACACGGUGGUCAGCUCUCCGGCUGGUAACCUUAGCUUUACGUUGCUGCAGCGUGCUGGCUAUCGCGGAUCCUUCCUGCCCGGAUUCAGACCGCUACCUUGCACACCUGGCCCUCGCUGGGUCAGCCACGUGGACCACUUGACCUUGGCCUGCACCUCUGGCAGCUCCCCUACACUUAGGCGGUGGUUCCAGGACUGCCUAGGGUUUCGUCACUUGCCGCUGAGCCCAGGUGAGGAUCCGGAGCUGGGCCUCGAGGUGGCUGCAGGGCCUGGGCGAGGGGGACUACGGCUUACUGCCCUGCAGAUCCCACCCGACAGCACCGUCCCGACCCUCGUGCUGGCAGAGUCCCUGCCGGGACCCACCAACAAACAAGACCAGGUAGAGCAAUUUCUAGCCCGGCACCGGGGCCCAGGCCUGCAGCACAUAGGGCUGUACACUCCCAACAUCAUGGAAGCUUCUGAGGGGAUGGCAAAGGCGGGAGGCCGGCUCCUGACCCCUCCUGAAGCUUACUACCAGCAGCCCGGCAAAGAGGAACAAAUCGUAGCUGCCGGGCACAAGCCUAGCCUUCUAGAACGGCAGGGAAUUCUACUAGAUGGCGACAAAGACACGUUCUUGCUUCAGGUCUUCACCAAGUCCCUCUUCACUGAGGACACCUUCUUUUUGGAGCUGAUUCAGAGACAGGGGGCCACAGGCUUUGGCCAGAACAACAUCCGGGCACUUUGGCAGUCCGUGCAAGAGGAAGCUGCCAGGGCCCAGGGAGCAUAAUCCGGCAAGAUUAGGGAGUUGCCACUAGUCCUAGGUGCUCUGAGGAGUCCAGCACAGGCCUGCAGGAACUGACACACCUCAGCACCACACCUCCACAGGACCACACCCCAGGCAGAGGCCAUUCGUCCUGGCCAGGUGCGGGUCUUCUUUUCAACCAGUACCUGCCAAUUCUAGCGUCUCUUGCUAGACUCCAAAGAGAUGAGAUUUAAAACAACACAUCUAGGUAAUGUAAAGAAUAAAGGAACGAGGUUGUUAAGACAACACUCUGGA